CGGGAAAGGAGAAGGGGGGGAGUAGAAAAAAGGUUUUUUGCGCCUGCGCAGAGCUUGCUCUUCCCUCACCAAAAGCAGGAGGCAGCUCUCGCUGUGUAGAGUUAGCGUGAGGGGCCCUCAGGUUCUGCUGUUGCCACCCCGUUUUCUCACACGCGGAGGAAGAGCCAGGAGGAGGAAGAGGAGCAGCGGGUUGAGCUAAGCCCGGUGUGAGGUGAGGCUCCUCCGCUUCCUCAGCCUCACGUCCGUGCCUGCCUGCCUGCCUCUCGCUUUCCUCGCUUCCGUUUCCCAACAUGUCGGCGCCGGCGGCCAAAGUCAGCCAGAAGGAGCUCAACUCCAACCACGACGGGACCGACGAGAUCUCAGACAAAGAGCAACAGGAAGCAAUUGAACAUAUUGAUGAAGUACAGAAUGAAAUAGACAGACUGAAUGAACAAGCCAGUGAGGAAAUUUUGAAAGUAGAACAGAAGUACAACAAACUCCGCCAGCCAUUCUUUCAGAAGAGGUCAGAAUUGAUCGCCAAAAUCCCAAACUUUUGGGUAACAACAUUUGUCAACCACCCACAAGUAUCUGCACUUUUGGGAGAAGAAGAUGAGGAAGCUCUCCAUUAUUUGACCAGAGUUGAGGUGACGGAGUUCGAAGACAUCAAAUCAGGUUACAGAAUAGAUUUUUAUUUUGAUGAGAAUCCGUAUUUUGAAAACAAGAUGCUCUCUAAAGAGUUUCAUCUGAACGAGAGUGGGGAUCCAUCAUCAAAAUCAAGUGAAAUCAAAUGGAAAUCUGGGAAGGAUCUGACAAAGCGUUCAAGUCAGACACAGAACAAGGCCAGCAGAAAGAGGCAGCAUGAAGAACCCGAGAGUUUCUUCACUUGGUUCACUGACCAUUCUGAUGCUGGUGCUGAUGAACUAGGGGAGGUCAUUAAAGAUGACAUCUGGCCGAACCCAUUACAGUACUACUUGGUUCCUGAUAUGGAUGAUGAAGAAGGUGAAGGAGAGGAAGAUGACGACGAUGAGGAAGAAGGAGGAUUGGAGGACGUUGAUGAGGAAGGUGAUGAAGAUGAGGGAGAAGAUGAUGAAGAGGAUGACGAGGGAGAAGGAGAGGAAGAUGAAGGAGAAGAUGACUGAACACUGACAGAUUCCAACCACCACCACCCCUUUCCAGUCCUAGGAGCAAGUUGCUAUUUCUCCCUGCCCCCUCCUUUCCAUUGCCUUGUUCUCCUGGGGUCUCUUCCCCCCCCCCAUCCUCUUCACUAUGGUUCACAAAUAAUUUUGGAGAAAAUAUCAAGCGACAUACUGUGGAAAUGAAACCUCUACCUUUUUUUUAAUUCCUCUGUAUUGAAGCAAAAACAAAAGAACUCUUAAUGGAAUCAACACACCGUGCUUUGUGGGGGGAAAAAGGAGCCUUCUGCUCCCUUCAUUCUGCUGGAAACAGAAGAGUGCUAGGCCCCUGUGUUAGUAGUGCAUAGAAUCUAGCUUUUUCCUCCUUUCUCUGUGUAUUGGGCUCAGAGAUUACACUGUCUCUCUAUGUGAAUAUGGACAGUUAGCAUUUACCAACAUGUAUCUGUUUACUUCUCUUGUUUUUCUAAAAAUGAAAAAGCUAAAAAAAAGAGUUAUACAGGUAGACAAGGCAAGCAGGGUUGGGUUUCAGAUGUUAGGGUGGGUUAAAUAGGCAUUUUGACAAAACAAGGCUCAGUCGGCAUGCUUGUUUGCGAGUUAAAAAGAUCUGUUUAAAAAAAAUCUCCUAAUUACAGUUGAGCCCUGCCAACCUGUAGGAUCUUACAUUGAAUUUACAUUCUCUGUUGUACUUUUGUUCUUCGUUUUUUGUUGUUGUUUCACUGGGAAAAGGAAGGCUUAAAUGUUAAAAAGUGUACAAGUUGCUUUCUUACAAUAAAACAUAACGAGUACACAAGGAGGCUUACUGUAUAUUCUUCACUGGGGGGGGAUGCUUCUGACCCCACCCCCUUUGGUUUCUCAACAUGGAAGUUCAAAACCUUUUGGCCUAAUAAAUAUGUUCAAAGGAAGAAAACUACAAAAAGCCAGCUGUGCAUUAACAAUGAAAACAAGCCCCUCAAGCAGACUUACACUUUCAUGGGUUAAGGUUGCAGCAGAGAUGUAGCAAGGUCAGGUGGUGCCCAGUGCGGAUUUUUUUUUUUGUCACACCCCGCCGCCCAAUUGAAAAUAUUAAAAGAAGGAAAAAUAAGAUACAGUUGCAAGUGUUAUUUUCUGGUUUAUUUACUUAACGUUGUGAGCAUAAGCACUUAAAACCAUUUGUUUCCUAACUUUGUUCUCUGCAAAUUUUGAAAUCGCAUCAUCAAAAUCAAUUCCAUUCACUAUUAUGGUGCUGGAGGAGACUCUUGAGAGUCCUAUGGACUGCAAGAAGAUCAAACCUAUCCAUUCUGAAGGAAAUCAGCCCUGAGUGCUCACUGGAAGGACAGAUCCUGAAGCUGAGGCUCCAAUACUUUGGCCACCUCAUGAGAAGAGAAGAAUCCUUGGAAAAGACCUUGAUGUUGGGAAAGAUGGAGGGCACUAGGAGAAGGGGACGACAGAGGAUGAGAUGGUUGGACAGUGUUCUUGAAGCAACGAACAUGAGUUUGACCAAACUGCGGGAGGCAGUGGAAGACAGGAGUUCCUGGUGUGCUCUGGUCCAUGGGGUCACGAAGAGUCAGACAUGACUAAACAACAACUACUUUGUUUUCAAUUGACAAGAUGGCUAAGCUAGAGAGCCGAGCUUGACUCAUAGUGGACCUAAGAUAACUCUUGAUUGAGCAUUUUAUCCUUACUUGUGGGUAACUUAGACUGGGAGUGAGUGGCCUGCCCAAGGUCACCCAGUAAAUUUCUUGGCUGAAUGGGGAUUUGAAUUCUGAUCUCUCAGGUCCUAGCCCAUCACUCUCUAAGCCAGGCAUCCCCAAACUUUGGCCUUCCAAAUGUUUUGGACUACUGUUUAGCCGUAGGCUCCUAGAGUGAGCUCCAGCCAAGCCACAGUGGUAAUGGCUGUAAAAUGGAACCAAGUGCCCUUGCAUGUAGUGUGCAGUAGAAAACUCAAGGCAAGGAUGAUGCAGCCUAUUGUGGCUGUUAUCUGAAGAGCACACCAGCCCGGAACAUGUAUUUCCAAAACC